UAAGAUAAAUUUCUUGGUGUAUAAAGAUGGAGUUUCAUUCAUGCUGGUACUACUUUGACCAAUUUAAGCUCUCUUAGCUCCUCUAGUAAUUGCAUCAAGAAGAAAACAUUUCAAGAGAUGGAUUGGGGAUUCAGAUAUUCCAUUUUCGUCUAUGCAAUACUUUUCUUCCAGCUUGUAAGCCAAGGCAGUGGGAGUAGAAAGAUCCUGGAAAUGAAUACACACAAUAAACAUUCAGAUUCAGUAUCGCACAUGGAUCCCGAAGUCAAUAUCUUCUUCACUCCCGACGAUCUGAAGAUGGGCAAAACACUGCAGAUCUUCUUCGCCUCGACGUCGUCGUCUCCUCGUCUCCUCUCCAGGGCGGACGCCGAUUCCAUUCCAUUCUCAUCAGCCGAGCUCCCGCAUCUCCUGGACCUCUUCUCCUUCUCCCCUGCCUCUCCGCAGGCGAGAGCCAUGGAACAGACGCUCGGCCACUGCGAGUUCCCGGCCAUGAAGGGCGAAACGAAAUUCUGCGCCGCGUCUCUGGAAUCGAUGCUGGAUUCGGUUCGCGGAAUCCUGGGAUCGGAUUCUCAGAUCAGAGUCGUGACCACGGAAUUCGCCGCCAACCACUCCGCGGCGUUGCGGAAUUACACGAUUGUGGGAGCUCCGAGGGAGAUUGCGGGGCGGAAGAUGGUGGGAUGUCACAGCUUGCCCUACCCUUACGCGGUGUUCUACUGCCACAGCCAAGAGGGCGACACCAGAGUUUUCGAGGCUUCGCUGGUGAGCGAGGAUGGGGAGGAAAGAGCGGAGGCCGUGGCCAUCUGCCAUAUGGAUACGUCGCGGUGGAACCGCGAUCACGUCUCGUUUCGGGUGCUGGGAAUCCAGCCGGGAAGCUCACCGGUUUGCCAUUUCUUCCCACCUGACAAUCUAGUUUGGGUUUCCUCGGAUUCUCAACACGGUAGCUAGUAAUCGGGCAUCAGUAUUAUAUUAUUACUGGAUUUGUAUUUACAUAUUUGUAUUUGGUAUUGAUGAAUAGAGCUUAAUUAUACGAAUAAUUUUACAUACACUAUAAUUUUCUUAUCAAA